CAGAGCUUCAUCUCUUCAGCAGUGACUAACAUUUGCCUCACUGUGUGGGAAGCUUGUUAGUACAUUCGGAGGCCUUGGAAUAUUCACAGUCAGAUGCUGCUAAACAUUGUGGGCAGAAAAAAAAUUACAAACCAGCUGCAGCUUCUCUUUAUACAGACAACUAGUUUUAGGAGGUAAAUCCACAAGUGUAGUUCCUAGAACCUGAAUGCAGCUGUUAUUUAAAGAGCUGUCUUCUGUUUCUGUUUUUUUCUUUCCCAGACUAAUUACAUCAUGGUAACCUCGUUAAUGUCAGACUUUGGGGUACUGUUGUAAAAUGGAAGAUUUGGCUUUACUGGAGCUACUAGAAUGCCCUAUAUGUUUUGAAAAGCUUGAUGUCACAGCCAAGGUGUUGCCAUGCCAACACACAUUCUGUAAGUCUUGUCUUCAGAGGAUCCAAACAGCUGGGAAAGAGCUAAGGUGUCCGGAAUGCAGAACUCUGGUAUAUGGUGAUAUUGACGACUUGCCAGCCAACUUGCUGCUUGUUCGUUUACUGGAUGGUCUCAGGUACGGGCAGAACAGUAUGAGGUCAAACUCGACUCAUCGCCACGCAGCAUUCCCCUAUCAGGAUUCGAUCAGGAGAGCACGCGAUCUAAGGAGUUUACAUUCAACACACAGAAUAGCCCCAAAUGACAGGAUUCCUAUGGAAGGGAUUCCUUGUGCCAGAGUUCUGUAUAAUUACGGAGGACAAAUGCCAGGGGAUCUGCGGUUAAAGGCAGGAGAUGUUGUAAUUCUACACAGGCAAGUGGAUGAAAACUGGUACCAGGGGGAGCUGAAUGGAGUUAUCGGAAUUUUCCCUGCCAGCUUUGUACAGGUUAUUAAGCAAUUACCAGAGCAGCUGCCUCUCUGCAAAGCACUUUAUAACUUUGACUUACAAGACAGAGAUGAAAACAAGGACUGUCUGACAUUCCUUAAGGAUGACAUCAUCACAAUGAUUCGCCGAGUUGAUGAAAACUGGGCUGAAGGAAGAUUAGGAAAUAAAAUCGGUAUAUUUCCAAUCUGUUUUGUGGAGCCCAACUCUGCAGCUAGACAGUUACUUGAAAUGAAUACAGGCAGCCUACCUUAUCAUUCAGGCAGUUCAUCUGCUACUUCUGGGGCCUCGUCCAGUGUUAAAGCACCUGACUCUCCCAUCUAUCGACGGAUGUCUUCUACAGUUGGGAAGAACCUUAGACGGUACCCAAGUAAUAAUGCCUUAAAUAUGAUCAACAGACUUUCCCAGCCUUCCCUGGACCAACAACCCCUGGAAAUUAGUGCUCCAGUUCUUAUUAGUUCAAGUAAUCCUGCUGUUCUGGUGCCAUGCAAUGACAGUCGUGAUAUGUCCACCAGCAGUUCUGCUCAGAUUACUGCUUCUUCUGACAUCACAGCAGUGCCGGGUCCUACAUCCUCUAUCAUGGGGUUUCAGAACUCACAACAACAAGUGGCUACAGAUAUGUGUGCUGUCUUGCAUCCAUACACUCCCCGAAAUCCAGAGGAGCUGGAACUGCAAAGCGGAGAUGUAAUCCGUAUUUAUGGGAAAUUUCAAGAGGGUUGGCUAAAGGGAGUGUCACUGGUGUCAGGAAAAAUUGGCAUAUUUCCAAGUAACUGCGUGACUCCAAUUUUCAGAAGAACCGGUAGUGUCAGAGAAUCAAGGAUACCCUCCCCUUCUUCCUUGCGACCUGCAAGGGGCUUUAGUUCUAUGACAGCCCCUCAAGAAAGAAGUCUUAGUAAUGGAGUAAGUCUAAGCACACAUGGGAAGCCUGUUGCAGUGGCAACGGCUGUGAUAAGCACCGGGUCAAUGAAGCACAGCUCCUCACAAUCCAGGACAACAGGGAGAAUCCCAGUGAAACAGAGCAGCAUGAUGCGACGAGGUUCUUCUCUGCCCAGACAUAUUCAGCCAGGAAUUCCAGUUCAAGUCCACAAUACUGUUAGGCGCUCCUUGUCUGCAGCUGGACGAUCUCCACCACUUCAACCUGCCCACCCAUCCGUCCAUGAGAUUAACAGUCAUCCACUGGCAUUUGCCACAGCACUGAGGUCAAGUCAGCCGAACCAUCUCAUGAGGCCUCUUGGUAGAUCAAUGGAGUCUGCAAACACUCCUGGCAACAGCUUCUUAACAUUGGAAACCAAAGAAUAUAUGAUGAACAAUGAUCCUUUGUCAAAACCAACACCUGCUUCCCCGCCAUCCAUUUUAGUGAAACCAGAUACUGCCAAAAGUAACAGUGAAAAGCCAGUGAAAACUGUCAGAUUUCAAGAUGAUAGCCCUCCUCCAUCAAAAAAGCUAGACCCACAAGUAUCAUUGAACAACCAAAGUUUGAAGCAAGAGCAGUCAAGUGUGGGGACAGUGCAUCGUGAAAUGAAAGGACCUGAAGGGUCACUCUUUCUUCAUAGCAGAUCUAAUUCAUGUCCAGUUCCAACAGAGAACAACAGAAUUUGGCACAGGAAUACUGGAUCAUUGGACCUUUCUUCAUCCAGUAUUCCAACAAUGCUGCUACAGACUUCUGCAGCAAAUCUACGCUUAACAGAGGCUACAAAACGAUACAAAACAGGACUUGCAUACCCGACCUAUGGAGAAGCAGAGUACAACCUAAAAGCUGCAGACACACUGUUACUUCAGAGAACUCGCCAAGAUGGUUGGCCUCAUGGAACCAGUGACAAGACUGGCAAGGCCGUCCUCUUUCCAUAUAGCUUUGUGGAGUGCCUGGAAUGAACUAUGUUGUAUAUUAGAAUCUGGUAUGAAAACACUGGGACAAAAGUGGAAAUAAGUAGUUAUUUCUUCACUAUGCAAGGUCAAGAAAUGUUGAAGAACUGAUACUUGAAAAAAAAAACAUGUUGCACCUCAUUUCUGACUUUAUGACAAAGGUUUGAAACAAGGUUACAGGUUGCAAUUCAUUCAAUCGAGUCACUUUUCAGCAAACCAGGACAGGAUGAACGCAGCAAAAUAAAAGCCAACCAAUUGAAAGUUUCUUCACUGGAUGCAGAGCCUACCACAAAACCACACAAUCCUUGCAAGUGACUUUACCCAUCUACACCAUCUUGCAUGUUAUAAUUAACUCUAAUGUCACAAAGAUUUUUCUAAGCUUAUACAUUUAAUGUCCACAAAAAAGUGGCAUGAUUGAGAAAGCCAUUACAGAAAAUGUAUUGCAAUGAUAUGAUAUACUGUUACCAUUCCUAACAGAUACCUAAAUAUAAUUUUCUUCUGCAUGGUGCUGAUUUGUGGGAUUCAGAAACAUUAUAGAGAGAAAGCUUUCUCCUUAUUCAAAUUGAGAGUCUAAGAAUGCCGAUGCUAGUUGUAGAAUUUUUAGUAUCUUUAUCACUAAAAUUUACAAAAGAUCAUGCCAUCUUUAGUGAUCGUUUAUACUUGUUCAGAAAAUAGUGCUAAACCAUUAAGAGCUUUUCUGAAAAUCAUUCUCUUAAAAGGUCCAUAUUACAGAAUUGUAAAAAGGCUCAAUAAACUGGUUUUAAAAUAAGGUGUAACAGUAAAUAUAUUCUUAUUCCAUUUUUACAUUACCAUAGUGCUACAGACAACAUAAUGUAGGGUUUAGUGACUUGCUUGAAAAAUACAAAUACUUUCCAUAUAUGUCUAAAUGUUGUUUACAUAUUUAAAAUACCAAAAGGCCCUGUUUGUGUUCAGAACAUUAUAUGCUAGUCUGAAAACAUAAGUGUGUAAAUUUUAUGCAGAUGAGUGGAAUAUAGAAAAUGCAUUUUUAAUACAUGACUUGGUUCCAUAUAUGAUCCACAUAUCUAUGCAAGUUGCAGAGAUAAAGGACUGUUUAUACCAGGGUCAAGGGGGAUUUGCACCAGGUGUAAGAAACAAAAUGGUUGUUUAAGGAUUAGAGACAUUGUGUUUCUGAUGAUUUCAGUGCAAAAAGUGCUUUCUUUUGCUUCACUCUGUGGCUAGGUUUCAUCAGCUAAAUGGAAAUGCAAAUACUAUAAUCAUGUCCUCCCGUCUUGAAGACAGCAGGAGCAGUAAAGCAGAAGUCAACAAUAAGCUGAAAUACAUUAAAGUACAGUAAGUGUGGCUAGCCCCCCCCCCCCUGUAGAUAUGUCUGGUCCAUCCUUCUAUAUGGGAAGAUGCGGUAAGGUCUGCUGCAAUAUUCUGGAGUAGUGACAUGCUAAACCGAUAUUGAGACAGUGUACUCGCUAAAACCUAUUCCUUCCUGCUAACUAUGUUGUUUGAACAUCAUUCUGUAGCCUUGGGUUUGAUUCCCUCCCUGUCCACUUGCAGAUUUUGUGCACCUCAGCAAGUCACUUAACCAGAUAAAGUUGCCAGUUUGCCUGAGGAAAAGAACUAUUUAUGCCUAUUGGGAGUAUGUAGUUAGCAAAUAAAUAAAUUAAACUGCAGAGCUGCACAUAUGUAGGCAGCAGAUAUGCACCACAGUGCUGUUAAGCAAACAUGGCAGUAUGUACGUUAGUUGUACAAGUAUUUAUGUUCAUGAACUUUUUGGUUAAACACUGCUUAAUAAAGCAAUUAAUGAGAAAGUUGCUAGUCAUUAUAGGGUGAGAUAUAAUGCAGCUAAUGCUUAACUAGAUGACCAGUGAGGGAUUACUAAUAUAUUCAGCUUCCUCUACGCAGAACAGCCAUAAACAGCGACAAUCUGUUUAGUAGAGGCUACCUGCAUAAUAGUAGGGAUUCCUCUUGAAUCCCACCCUGUGUACCUCAUAGUUUCCCUCACUUUCAUAAAUUUUACAUAUAUAAAAUAUAUGGAAAAUAUGUAUUUUUUUCUGUCUGGAAAGUUUCAUUUUAUAAACAUUAAAUCUAGCUCACUAAAUCUAUAAAGCCAAAUUUACAAAUAAAUGGAAAUUGUUUUCUAUUGCAAAACUGGCGAUACAUUCUUAUUGUUCUGGUGGGUUGUAAUUAUUUAAAGGGAUUUAUAUGUAUUAUAUUUUAAUGUACAUUUUUGCAACCAUGUCAUGACUGAUGACUUGUAGGAAUGGGAGUCACAUAUUGUACAAAGAAAAUCUGGGACUCCAUACAUAAAACUCACCUUUGAUGAGAGCUGUACAGUACAUGUGUCAGAUUAUGGUCAUGUAUGAUAUAGCUUAAGUUCUUGCACUUUGGAUUUUUAUGUAUAGAUGUAGUUUUGUGAAAUAAUUUAUAAUUGUAAACAAUGUGCUGCCAGGAAAGAAACAUUAAAACAGAUUUUUUUCA